GGGUUUUUUUCUCCGUGAAAAUCGGUAAACAGCGAUUGAUGUCAAAAAUGGUGGCUUAUGUUUGAAAUAUGUGAAGCUGAAGUAAACCUUUAACCUUUUUGUAACUUUCCCCGUUGAAAAUCAUGUUGAACCAAGUGUCCGUCGAGGCCGUUUAUUCCGCCACGUACGUAGAGAACUAUUUGGAUUGCGUUGAGAACCUCCCCGAUGAACUCCAACGCCUAAUCUCCAGGAUGCGAGAACUCGACGUCUGUUACUUGGCCCGCGUGCGUGAAGCCGCAUACCAGACCGAGAACUGGAAAAAAAUCGGUAACGAUAACCCCGCCAAAAAGGCCCGGGGCUUCGCCCGCAUGCAGCAAGCCCUGAUCGCAGCCCAGGAACUGGGCGACGAGAAAAUGAACCUCUUGCAGUCAAUUCUGGACAAGAUUGAGAUCAAGACGCGCUUGUUGGACCAGGACUUCAAAAAUUUAGAUUUUGGUAAAGACGAGACGACUCAACUCGAAAACAAGGAGCAACAGCCCCCUAAUAACAACAGCAGUAGUGCGGGUUUGGUCGAGAGGCCUCCAAAGAGGGCGCGGCGCACCCGUCAUGACACUUUCUCAGGCUUGGAGUCGAAUCAUAAUGAUUCAGCCCCAGUGGAGCACGUUUUGAGGAGCCAGGUGCCGUCCACGGCCAACUCGACGAAGAAGAGUGGGACUGGGAAGAAGAAGAAGCGCAAAUCGAAGCAAGUGCAAGCACAGAGAGAGGAAUCUCCGCCAAGGGAGGAAGAGCCGAUUAUUGAUCCCGAUGAGCCCACUUAUUGUCUCUGUGAUCAAAUUUCUUACGGUGAAAUGAUUAUGUGCGACAAUGAUUUGUGUCCAAUCGAGUGGUUCCACUUUUCUUGCGUUACUUUAACCACCAAACCGAAAGGUAAAUGGUAUUGUCCAAAGUGUAGAGGUGAUAGACCCAAUGUUAUGAAACCCAAGGCGCAAUUUUUAAGAGAACUCGAAAAGUAUAAUAAGGAUAAAGAGGAGAAAACAUAAGUUUAUUGGUGUGUGCAUUUUACAGUUCUUACAUAGCAAUUAAAUAUAAUUUCAUAGAAUGUUUUAAAAUAAUAAAUAUGUCUAACAUCUCA